UUUGCUGAGUUAAGAAUUUUAUUAAUUAAUUAUGGAGGGAGACAAAAAUCUUACCACUCAAAAAAUAAAGGAGGAGGGACCUCCUCCCACAGAGCCCCAGCAAUCGGAGAAACGUUUUAAAGAUACUGAAGGCGGAGAUGGCAUUUCUUCUGGACCUAAACACAUCCAAGAAAGCCUAGAUACUUCUUCACUAAAAGCCAAAGACCAAUCUAUGGAAACACUGAUAAUCCCAAAGCGUGCUAGCACAAGAGAGUUGAACUACAUUGAUACGAACAAUAUUCUUCCAGAACCAGACCCGAAGGAGGAAGCCGAAGAGAAGCUAAAGAAGGAAGAAGAAAUUCUUAAGCGCACAGCCAAGAAAAAGAAAAGAACCAUAGAGUUUGAGAACAAGAUUGAGGAUAUAAAUGAACUUUCAGAACUUAAUAUUUUCAAUCAGUAUCGAAGACUCAAGAAGAAGUCUUCUAAGUUAGAUAUGUUCAUUCGUGAUAAGCUUACAACAAUGAAGGAGUCUCUUUUGCAGCCUCCUACCAAAAUCAAGCAGAACUUGAAGAUUAAAAUCUCCUCUACUUAUAACGAGAAGAGCAAUGAAUGGAAUUUACGUAUCCAGGGAAGAGUAAUGCAGAACGAGCAAAAGAAGGCUUUACAAGGAGAUGACUACAAAAUGCUUAAUUUCUUUGAAAAGAUCUUCAUUGAUUUUGAGAAAGAAGACCAGACAAAUUACUUAAAUAUUGACUGGAGAAAGCUAAACAAUGCAGAUAAUUGAAGCUAUGAUGCUAUUGACAUUACUAGGUCGAUGAUACCAGAGAAGGAGAGUAUCAAAAUCUCAAUCAAGUUCUUCAAGGAAUAUUCUCCAAAAGAGUUCAUGCUAUCUGAGAAACUUUCUAAACUAAUCGACAUCCAGCAAGGAAGCAUUAUCACUAUAGUUUAUGCACUCUGGCAGUAUAUCAAGCUUAAUAGGCUCCAAGACAGAGAUAAUAGGAAGAUAAUUAAUUGAAACAAAGAAAUGGAAGAAGUGUUUAUGAGAGAAACCAUUGAUUUUUCUAAGAUUAACAGCAUCCUCCACAGACAUUUCACUCCUAUCGAGCCUCUAGAAGUAAAUUAUGAAAUUAUAAAAGGAGAGCAGGAGCCCACAAUUUUGAACAUUCCAGUUGAAGUAAACUCCAGACACAGAACUGAUCUAGAGGACAUCAUUGUAGCCAAUAACAUAAACUUGAUAACUAGUGGAGAGAUGGACCACCGUGCAGACGAGGAGUCUCUGUUCGACAAGGAUUGUCUGAACCAGGAAGAGAAAAGUUUCCUUUCUAAAGUAGGCACGAAUCUUAGAAAUAAAGCCUAUGCUUACAGGUUCUUCACAGAAUACGCUGAGAAUCCAAAAUUGAAGAUCCAGAACAUUAUUUUAGAGCAGAAGAAGUAUCUAGAAGUUAUGAGUAGCAAGGAGCAUGAUCUAACUUUUGAGCUAGAGAAAGAGGAGGACCAUUCCCACUUUUAUCAACAAAAUAUGAACUGGAUUGUACCAGAGAUUGAAGACUAUGAGUAUGAAAAUGAGAUCAAGAUCAAGAAAGAGAGGGAACUGAUAGAAGCAACACAGAAAGAAAAUGAACCAAAAGACCAAGAAGAACCUCAAUAAUUUUGGGAGAAUUAGAAUUUCAAUUAAUGUCA